AGUUCUUAAAACAAGUUAGAGGUGCUACUCUCUCUCUCUCUCUCUCUUUAUACUUCACUUUUGAGUUGCUGUUGAACCCUAGUUCCGCACCUUGGUUUGUUCAGACCUCAGAUCCCGGGAAUUUUAUGGCUGAACUCAGCUACUGAUUCGUUUAUUACUUGUCGAUGAGAGAUGCAAGGUUUGUGUGGUUGAAAUGUUUGGCAUUUGCGGCGGCUCUGGUUUGAUUGAGGACCGUUUUGAUGCCCUAAAUUUCAGCGGCAUUGCGCAAAUAUGUCGGCUUCGUUGGCUCCAUUCGAGCGGCCGAGGGCCGGAGUUACGAACACGGUUUUUAAGAGUGGACCACUGUUCAUAUCAUCAAAAGGAAUAGGUUGGAAGUCAUGGAAGAAGCGCUGGUUCAUUCUCACACGCACAUCUUUGGUUUUCUUCAAAAAUGAUCCUAGUGCCCUUCCUCAGAGAGGUGGUGAAGUAAACCUAACUUUAGGGGGUAUUGACUUGAACAACUCUGGGAGUGUGGUUGUCAGAGAAGAUAAGAAACUGUUGACUGUACUGUUUCCUGAUGGACGUGAUGGACGCGCAUUCACCCUUAAGGCUGAGUCCUCAGAGGAUUUGCAUGAGUGGAAGGCAGCACUAGAACAGGCUCUUGCACAAGCCCCCAGUGCUGCCCUUGUCAUUGGGCAUAAUGGAAUUUUCCGAAAUGACACAAAUGAUACCGUUGAAGGAUCAUUCAAACAAUGGAGAGAUAAGCGUUCUGUCAAGUCAUUGGUUGUUGGAAGACCUAUUUUGCUUGCACUUGAAGAUAUAGAUGGGGGACCAUCCUUUCUUGAGAAAGCUCUUCGUUUUCUUGAGACGUUUGGAACAAAAGUAGAAGGAAUCUUGCGGCAGUCUGCAGAUGUAGAGGAGGUUGAUCGAAGGGUUCAAGAAUAUGAACAAGGAAGGAAUGAAUUCAGUUCUGAUGAGGAUGCUCAUGUUGUUGGUGACUGUGUGAAGCAUGUUCUUCGGGAGCUACCCUCUUCUCCAGUUCCAGCAUCCUGCUGCUCUGCAUUACUAGAGGCAUACAGAAUUGAAAGGAAGGAGGCUAGGGUUAAUGCUAUGCGGUCUGCAAUGUUAGAGACAUUUCCAGAGCCAAAUAGGCGAUUACUCCAAAGAAUUCUGAAAAUGAUGCACACUAUUGCUGCUCAUGCAUCUGAGAAUCGAAUGACUCCAUCUGCUGUUGCUGCUUGCAUGGCACCCAUAUUACUGCGCCCACUUUUAGCUGGCGAAUGUGAGUCGGAGGAUGACUUAGAUAUGAAUGGUGAUAAUUCUGCUCAGCUUCUUGCUGCAGCAAAUGCUGCUAAUAAUGCUCAAGCCAUUGUUACAACUCUAUUGGAGGAGUAUGAGAAUAUAUUUGAUGAUGAUAAUCUACACAGGUGCUCCAUUUCAGCUGAUUCUCAGAUAGAAAACAGUGGGACUGAGGACUCGACUGAUGAUGAAAAUGUGGAUCUGAAAGAUAAUGGAUACCAUGAUGCAGAAAAUGAGGUUGAUCAAGAGAUGGAUGAUGUUCAUGACCGUGUACUCAGUGGAAAAUUGUGUGAAAGCAGUGGUUCAGUUGCUAGUGAUCUCUAUGACUAUAAGGCAUUUGGAGGUAAUGAUUCGGAUGUUGAUUCCCCCAAGGAAAGUCACACUUCAGCAACAAAUCUGAAGGCACUUGUAGAUCCUCAUAAGUCACCUAGAGAUUCCAAUAUUCAAUUUAAUGAGCAACAAGGAAUAUUCAGACAAAGUAGUGAUAAUGACACAAUGACAGCGAUCGAUACUCCUGAUAUUUUUCCUGCCAGUGACUCUCAUCGAUCUAUGGGGGAGCUUCUGUCUUCAAUGGAUCCAGGACUUCCUCUAACUGUUCCUGGACCUGAGUUAUGUGCAGAAAAGCCUGCGAGUAAAUUAAGUGGACCCAACCCCAAUGUGAAACGCUCAGUCUUUUGGGGAAGAAGCAAUGCAAGAAAGCAUCCUUCCAUGGAGUCAAUUGACUCCUCUGGUGAGGAAGAGCUUGCUAUUCAGAGGCUUGAGAUUACAAAAAAUGAGUUGCGCAACAGGAUUGCAAAAGAGGCCAAGGGGAAUGCAAUCUUACAAGCAAGUUUGGAGAGAAGAAAACAAGCUCUACAUGAACGGCGCCUGGCCCUUGAGCAAGAUGUCUCUAGAUUGCAGGAGCAGUUGCAAGCUGAGAGAGAUCUUAGAGCUGCACUAGAGGUUGGUUUGAGCAUGUCUUCUGGACAGCUUUCUAGCUCACGUGGUAUGGAUUCCAAGACGAGGGCAGAGCUAGAGGAGAUUGCUCUUGCUGAAGCAGAUGUUGCUAGGCUGAAGCAGAAAGUUGCGGAACUGCACCUUCAACUUAACCAGCAACGCCAGCAUCACUUUGGCUCCCUCUCUGAUGCAUGCGACCGCUAUCAACAUGUCCAAAAUCUUCAAUCACAACAGAAGUUUCUUCAACAAGAUUUUGACAUGAGCCUUGCUUUUGUUAAUCAUGAGAGGAAACAAAGAAGUGAGGAGGGCCCCUCAGUUUCAGAUUGGAAGAACAUCAAGGGUCAAGUAUUGCCAUCUGCCAGUAGUAGCAGGCACCUUACACGGAAGCUGUUUGUGGAUUCAACAAGCAUAAGUGAAUCAAAAAGUACAGAGGCAUCUGGCAUUUCUGUAGAUGAGCUCUGUGGUGUUGAUUCCAGCAUCAUACCAUCCACAUCUAGAGCAGCAGAGGGGAUGGAAUAUCAGAGGCAUCCAUCUGCAGCAUCUUCAGCUUUGGUGGAAUUGACAACACGUCUCGACUUUUUCAAAGAGCGACGCUCCCAGCUCAUGGAACAGCUUCACAACCUUGAUUUGAGUUAUGGGACAGCCUCUUCACAAGGGAUGGCAUACAAACCAUCAUCAUCCUCUCCAUGGAACAGUCCGAGAUGAUACACUAUCUGUGAGAUAAGGGUGUCUUCUUGCCUUUGUAUAUCCUUGAUACCGCCGCAUAUAUAUCUUAUCUGUAUCUUUUUUCUGAUUUCUUUUGCCUUUUCCAUUUUUUCUGUAUGCCCCCCACCCCCAUCCCUUUUCCACUGCUGAUGAUAUCUUAUGGAGUGCUGCACUAAGUAAUAUUUUUGGUUCUUUUUCCUUCUGUUUUCCCUUCAUAAUUGGUGUAAAGUUAGCAAGUCCUCUCGUUGUAUCAUUGUUACUUUUUGAGGGUUAAUUUAUUGAUGAUGAUCUUCUGUACACACUUUUUGAGUACCGCGAUACAACUGGGAAAGAGCAGUCUGCUUAGUUUUCUUGUAAUUUGUCCGUUUGUAUUGAUGUAUUCUAUUUAUAUGACCGCUUGUAACCAAUAUGGAAAAUGGUCACUUAGUGGAAGGGUUUUCUACAGAA